UAUACACACAUAUAUACAUAUAUUUAUACAUUAUAACACAAAGCAGAGACUUUUACAAAUUCCGAGUUUUCAACAACAACAUGUCAACUUUCAAAAUCACCAAAAAGCACCACAAACACCUCAACAACCCUUUCCCUUCUUCCCCAACUUCUCUCCCUUUCAUCCAUGGAACUCUCUUCUUCACCUCCCAAUCUCUCCCUUCUCACCAUCUUUACCCAAUCGGACAAGAUUUCCAGCUUUCUUGGAGGUCCAACAAUGGUGGGUGUUUCUCCAUUCACCACAAAUCUCAUCCCACAAAGCCCCCCAUUUGGUCAACGCUGCCCGGCCAGGCCUUCGUCUCCGCCGCGUUGACCGAAACCGAGGUCGAAGAAAGCCGAGGAUCUUUUGCCGUUAAGGACAAUGAUGUUCAUUUGGUCUGUAAUCAUCAGACGGUUCAGAAUAUUCAGGUGAUCAAUCGGUUUGAGGACUUUUUGGAGCUUCAAGAACAUUAUUUCCCAUCUGGGUCUUUCGGGUUUGAUCUUGAGAGAGACUUCAAAGGUAUAAACUUUCCGGUUUUGUUGAUCACUGGAUGGGUUUUAAGCAUGGAUGUGAAGAACAAGAAGUUCCAAAAAUCUGGGACUUCAAAGUUUGAUUCAAAAGGGUGUUCUAGUUGUGCAAAGUAUUGGGUUUUGUUUGAUCAGAAAAGUGGUGAUCAAGUUGGGUUUCAAGUGAAGCUCGGAAAGCCAAACUUUGAGUUUGGGUCAAGAGCUUAUUCUUCUUCUUCAAAUAUAUUGGGGAAGUACAGGGGAUUUCGAAAAAGAUUGGGCCGGUUUCGGAGACGGAGGCUCGGGUUUUAUUGGUCUUUGAACAAGCCAAGAAAGGUUGUGAUGGCUUCUUCAUCAGAGGAAGAAAUGGAGGAGAUUAGGGGUAAAGAAUCCCAAGAGUUCAAUAGGGUUUGCUUUACAUAUUCAAGUGAAGGAAGUGAGAGAUUUUAUGGGUUUGGAGAGCAGUUCUCUCACAUGGAUUUUAAAGGGAAAAGGGUUCCCAUUUUUGUUCAAGAGCAAGGUAUUGGGAGAGGAGAUCAACCAAUUACUUUUGCAGCUAACUUGGUCAGCUACAGGGCCGGGGGAGACUGGUCUACUACAUAUGCACCUUCUCCAUUCUAUAUGACUUCAAAAAUGAGGUCCCUUUACCUUGAAGGAUAUGAUUAUUCUGUAUUUGAUCUCACGAAGCAUGACAAAGUUCAGAUACAGAUAUAUGGGAAUUCAGUACAAGGAAGGAUACUGCAUGGUAACUCACCUUCCGAGCUCAUCGAAAGUUUCACUGGAGCCAUUGGAAGACCUCCUCAGCUUCCAGAGUGGAUAAUAUCCGGAGCUGUUGUUGGAAUGCAGGGAGGCACAGAAACGGUACGCAGAGUUUGGAAUGAGCUCGGGACAUACAAUGUUCCUGUUUCAGCAUUCUGGUUGCAGGAUUGGGAGGGGCAAAGGGAGACAAUCAUUGGGUCACAACUAUGGUGGAACUGGGAAGUGGAUACUGCAAGGUAUCCAGGAUGGAAACAACUGCUGUUAGAUCUUAGUGCUAAGCACAUUAAAGUGAUGACAUAUUGCAAUCCUUGUCUAGCUCCGGCACACGAGAAGCCAAACAGAAGGAGAAACCUCUUUGAGGAAGCAAAAAAGUCGGACAUACUGAUAAAAGACAAAAAUGGAGAACCGUAUAUGGUUCCUAACACAGCUUUUGAUGUGGGAAUGUUGGACUUGACACAUCCAGACACUGGAAGUUGGUUCAAACAAAUUCUAGAAGAAAUGGUGGACAAUGGCGUCAGAGGAUGGAUGGCUGAUUUUGGUGAAGGCCUGCCUGUGGAUGCCACCCUCUAUUCAGGUGAAGAUCCUAUAUCGGCUCAUAAUAGAUAUCCAGAGCUGUGGGCCCAGAUAAACAGAGAGUUUGUUGAGGAAUGGAAAAGUAAACGCGUGGGUAAAGAGAAGGAAGACCCAGAAGAAGCUUUGGUCUUCUUCAUGAGGGCUGGUUUUAGAGACAGUCCCAAAUGGGGCAUGCUAUUCUGGGAAGGAGAUCAGAUGGUAAGUUGGCAGACCAAUGAUGGUAUAAAGAGUGCUGUCGUUGGUCUUCUCAGCAGUGGGCUUUCCGGGUAUGCUUUUAACCACAGCGAUAUCGGGGGGUACUGCGCAGUAAACUUUCCUUUCAUCAAGUAUCACAGGAGUGAAGAGUUGCUAUUGAGAUGGAUGGAACUAAAUGCUUUCACCACUGUUUUCAGAACACAUGAAGGAAAUAAACCGUCAUGCAACAGCCAAUUCUACUCAAAUCACCGAACUUUGUUACAUUUUGCACGCUUUGCAAAUGUCUACAAAGCUUGGAAGUUCUACAGAAUCCAACUUGUAAAGGAAGCUUCUUCAAAGGGUCUGCCCGUAUGCCGUCACCUAUUUCUUCACUACCCAGAUGAUGAACAUGUGCAUAGCUUAAGUUACCACCAAUUCUUGAUUGGCACUGAGAUUCUAGUGGUGCCUGUUCUAGACAAAGGCAAGAAGAGUGUCAAGGCAUAUUUUCCAAUUGGACAAACUUGUGCCUGGCAGCACAUAUGGACCGGAGAAGUAUUUACAAGACAAGGAUUUGAAGCUAAGAUAGAAGCUCCAAUAGGCUAUCCGGCUAUAUUUGUUAAAUCAGGUUCAGUUGUUGGAGAAACCUUUCUAAAAAACUUAAGAGAACUAAGAAUUCUUUAAGAAUGCAGCAAUCCUUGAAGAGGGCAGUUGAAGGUUUUUACUCGUUCAAUGCCCGUACAGUUUCAGUCAUCUUUCUGGCUUUUAAGUCCUUCCAUUUGAUGUGCUAAUGAUGUCUAAUUACACAUACAAGCUAACAAGAUCUCUACAAGCAUUUCAUGAUCAUGUCACUUUGUUUCUUAAGGAUUUGGACUCAGUAAUUGUGACAAUCAUCAAUUUUUUUUGGCAAAAGGGCCAAGUUAAGAUAAGUUGUGCAGUCUCAUAUCGCUUGGGAGAGAUUACAAGCGAUGACUUUUAAGUAAGGACAUGAUCUCCUAUUGGGAUGAGGACUUUUGGGGUCAAUUAGUCCAAGAGCAAAACUAUGCAGGCUAAGACCCAAAGCACAAUAUUCUACCACGUGGAGGCGUGGAUCUUUGCAGCUAUAAAUUGUUGCACAAUAUCUGGUGAGAAAUACUUCUGCUGGUGAGAAAUACUUCUACCGCAGCCAUGUAGAAAGUUUCAUUUGUAAAUAAGUUUCUUAGUGCACGAUUUC